AUGGCUGAGCGCCGUUGUGUCAGCGUGCCCUUCUGGGAUGCAAACCUCUAUUGCUUCGGGGAGCACUUCAGUGGGCCCAACUGGUUCACGCGCCUGAAGCGAAAUGUGGCCAUCCUCUCUGUGAUCGAUGCAGAUGGGAAUUGCGUCUACAACAACUUCGCCGUCAGCGGUGAGUACAAGACCCCAGGGGCGCCCUUGGCGCCCGAGGAGGGGCCCUUGCAGUCCAUUGAGGCGGCAGAUGAAAAUGGCCGCGUCUUUGACCGAAGACACGAUGCCGAAUUCAAGCUGCUGACGGGCCUUUGCGGCGCCGUCCCUGUGGAGCAGCGGCCGUCCUGGACGGCCUCCGCCACGCUGUGGUCCAAGAAACCGCUCUGCCGCAGCUGCGCCGGGGCGGUGAGCCAAGUUGAAGGUCUCUUUCCCCGGAUGAGCGUGGCCAUCGUGGUGGGAGAGCCCAAGACUGAGGAGGAUGGGGAGCCCGAGGUGCCCAAUGGCAAACGGCUGAAGAUCAACGGCUGCCCUGUGGUGCCCAGCAGUUCGCGGCCGCCCUGUGCGGUGCCGCCCUUCGCCGCGUGA